CGAAAUUGAUCCCGGUCGCGCUUUCCGAGCAGGAAACGCGCUAGUGGUCGCUGCACCGUUUGCUUGGCGGCCAUCGCGACUUCCCCAGUGUCGUUCCAUUGUUAAGUCGACGGUCUUCACCACAACCCGCAUUACUGUGACGCCGCAAACAGAACACGACACUCGCAUUGCCGUCGCGACCAUGGCGUCACCACCACAUAUCCCACAGCUCAAUGUCCCCGGUAGUCGCAAGCGCGGCAGCAUAUCCUCACACUCUGGCGCGCCCACCAAGAAGCGCAAACCCUCCAAUCUCCGCAACGCAUUCUCGCCAGACGCUGAAUCAGUCGGAGGUUCCCCCCGCCAAUACUCGCGUUCACCUUCCGUGGAAAGCAACAUUACUACAUCAGUCGUGAACGGCGCAGGAGGAAAGAAACGGCGGAAGAAGGGUGGAGACGGAGGUAGUGUCGCUGGCUCAAGUAUAAGAGGAGGCAAAGGCGGCGACGGAAGAAGUGCAAUCGGAGGUGAAGACGAAGAUGGCGACGGAGAAGUAGAAGACGACGACGAUGACGAGAUGGGCGAGGAGAUGGGUAUGGAAAUCGAAGGCGGCAUGAGUGUUGAAGCACGAAGGAAACAAGAGAAGGAAUACGAACGCAUGCUAGAAGACUUCAUGACCCCCGCCCAAAUGGACCGCUACGCAACCUACCGCCGUAUUCGCCUCAAGCGCGAAACAGUCCGUAAACUCGUCAAUCAAACACUCUCCCAAUCCGUACCUCAACCUAUCAUCAUCGCCGUAACGUCCUACUCGAAAACUUUCAUCGGUGAACUCAUCGACCGCGCCCUCACGGUCCGCGACGAAUGGUCCGCCGUCCGCACUCACUUGCUCAACCCAAAUCUACCCGGUCCCAUCCUAAGCCAGAGCUUAGUGAGACCAAGCGCUCAUAUCAAGGACGACAGGAAUCGUCCCACCAACUCGGAUAUCACAAGUGCGGGAUGGUAUCCUGGCCAGGUUGAUCGGUCUGAGAGUUUGUGGAAGGAGGUAGAGAAGGAUGCUGGUUUGCAGGAUAGGCUGAAAGCGUGUGAUAAGGGACCACUUACACCGGCGCAUUUGAGGGAGGCAUUAAGGAGAUACAAGAGGGAUCGUGAUGGUGGGGGUGCUGGCUUUGCGGGUAUGAGUUUGGAAGGCGUGGAGAGGACUAUGGGGAGGACGGGCGGGAAGAGAUUGUUCAAGUGAGGGCAUCUGUUUGUAUUCCUUUCAAAGUACUGGGUUAUUUUGGGUGCCACGGCGAUUGGUACCGCCAAGCAUAGCGACGGCGUUUGGGUAUGGAUAUCACUAGCAUAAGACUGCAUGUUUUUACGGUGCAAGAAUCGAAAAAUCUGUCCAACAUUGA